GCUGAGUCGAGCUGAGGUUGUUGUGGGCCGGGGGGCGCCAUGGGGGCGACUGGCGACACCGAGCAGCCGCGGGGCCCCGGCGGGGCGGAGCGAGGUGGCCUGGAGCUGGGCGACGCGGGCGCGGCGGGCCAGCCGGUUCUCACGAACCCUUGGAACAUAAUGAUAAAACAUCGGCAGGUGCAGCGAAGGGGCCGCCGAUCUCAGAUGACCACAAGUUUCACAGACCCAGCCAUCUCUAUGGAUCUCCUCCGUGCUGUCCUGCAGCCUAGCAUCAAUGAGGAGAUCCAGGGUGUCUUCAACAAGUACAUGAAGUUCUUCCAGAAGGCAGCGCUGAAUGUGCGAGACAAUGUUGGGGAAGAAGUGGACGCAGAGCAGUUGAUUCAGGAGGCCUGCCGCAGCUGCCUGGAGCAGGCAAAGCUGCUCUUUUCUGAUGGAGAGAAAGUGAUACCCAGAUUGGCCCAUGAGCUUCCAGGGAUCAAGCGGGGCCGGCAAGCAGAAGAGGAGUCCCACCGAGGAAGCCCCAUUCCCAAAAAGAGGAAAGGUCGGCCUCCUGGACACGUCCUGUCAAAUGACCGCGCAGCUGCUGGCAUGGUAUGGAAACAAAAAUCCUGUGAACCAAUUCGCCGAGAAGGCCCCAAGUGGGACCCAGCUCGGCUGAAUGAAUCUACCACCUUUGUUUUGGGGUCUCGAGCCAACAAGGCCUUGGGGAUGGGAGGCACCAGAGGGAGAAUCUACAUCAAGCACCCACACCUCUUUAAGUAUGCAGCAGAUCCUCAGGACAAGCACUGGCUGGCUGAGCAGCAUCACAUGCGGGCAACAGGCGGAAAGAUGGCGUACCUUCUCAUUGAAGAAGACAUCCGGGACUUGGCUGCCAGCGAUGACUACAGAGGAUGCUUGGACCUGAAGUUGGAGGAGCUGAAAUCCUUUGUUCUGCCAUCCUGGAUGGUUGAGAAGAUGCGGAAAUACAUGGAGACACUGCGGACAGAAAAUGAGCACCGCGCUGCGGAAGCGCCUCCCCAGACCUGAGCCGGGUGUCCUGGCUACUACACUUGGCGGCCUGCCUCCAAGACCCUCUUUCCCCACCCGGCUGAGGCCAUCAUGGGGAUUUGGUCUAGUUGACUCUUAACAGCAUUAAGCUGUACAUGAGCUAGUUUGUAGUGACUCACUGCAGAGCACCCCAGACUGGCAUGUGGUUCUGUUUCUAAAGUUAUUGGAAUAAGAAGCAAUUAAACAGUUUGUAAUAAA